CAUCCAGAGACAAAAUCAGGACACGGAAAGCAGGCCACAGUACUGGUCAAUAAAGACCGUCCCACUGCCAUUAAGGUCCCAGGAAGAGGAGGGGAGGAUGCCCUGGGACUGGAUGUGAAAGACUACCUUUACCUGCUGAAAUUGCUGCGCAUCAACCUUCCAGACGGGGUUCUCAAUACGGAGGUAAUUGACAUGUUGAGAACACAGACGUGCAUUGCUGACGCCUGCUCCAUCACCACUGAGCUGGAGAACUUUAGUCUCCAGUUCACCAUGACUCCUCGACUGGGCUGCAGGGAGGUGAAGAGAGCCUUGGCCCUGAAGACCAAAGCGGAUGUUCUGGAGCUCACAAAACUCGUCUUCUUCGAGACCUCGAAAAAAGAAGACAGGGGAACACUGAUGGACACUUGGAAAAAGAACUCACUGUACACAGGCAAAGGGUUCAGAAUGAAGGACAGGUACCAAAACACGCCCAUCUCCACCCCUGCCAUGUACUCCACGGCCAUCACUCGCAGUUUACGUUCUGCAGGGCACAAGGACAAAAAGGCCAAGGUGACUGACGGUGUAAGGGUGAAUGUGAAAGACGUGGAAAACAUGGACUACAAAGACGAGUCUCUUCUCCACAAACCUGGCGGAAAUCACUUUGGCAUGUUCCACCAGAACAAAACAGAUGAGUUGGAAUGCUUAAAAUUCUUUCACGAACUGGGAGAGAUCGGCCCCUCGGACCAAGUGAGGGUACGGUACUCCAAAGGCAACAAGGUGGACUUUGGCUUUCUCUCGGGGAGACUAGACUUCCUGGCACACGUUCAGAGAGUCGGUGCGAGAAAAAGCAGUGAUGUGGAGAGGCUUGUGAUCGAGUGCAAGGGCACCACGGGAGACAUGGUGGGAAAGCUCUUCAUCAAGAGCGAAGAAGAAGGGGAUCGUGCACAACUCGUCAAAACACACGAGUACUGCUAUCAGACGCAGGCCUACAUGUACAUCUUGAACCAAGAGGCCAGGCUGCUGAAACCCCAGCCUGUCUCAAACAGGGCUGUGAUGGUGAUCAGGCAUUACCAUGGCGAUGGCGCUAAGCAACAGGACUUCUACUGGAAUUACAUCCCAAAGAAUGAUGCCAUCCAGGGAGAUAUUAGUGACUUAGUGAUCUACUGUCAGAGGGAAGUGUUGGCCUGUUUCCUGGCAGUGCUAGACCUCAUCUUUCAGAGGGAAACAACCGUGUCUAGCUAACAACAGGGUUAAGCGCAGGUUAGCUAAGGAUGACAACCCCAACAUUUUCUAAGUGUCUGUGAAGAUUCUCAUUCAGCCAGGUCAUGUUAUUCAAAAUGGCUUAGUUGCAAGCAGCCAGAGCUGAUUGAGUGUUUUAGUCCAGUUGCUUGUAACUAAUUGCUUGUAACUUAACUAGGGUGACCACCUGCUAAUAAGUCCAAGGUUGGACAAGGGGUAUGCUUCUGAGGGACAAUGU